CCCACCCCGUGUUUCCUGUCCCUUUCCCGUGUGUCUGCUGCAGGAGGCCCGUGUGUGCGCUGUGGGCCAUCAUGCUGCGCACCGCGCUCAGGCCGCUGUGUGACCCCACGCGCCGCGCGGCCCCUGCGCCUCGCGCUGCUCCUCGUGCAGCUUGGAGCCAUGGGGCUCGCGCUUGCAGCCAUGCCGCUCACCUACAGCCUGCGGGAGCGCAAGAGCAUCCGCUCAUCGGGCGUCGUGCUGCUCGAGGUGAUUCUCUUCGGGGCCUUCCUCCUCUACUUCCCUGUGUUCAUUGUGUUCUUCGAGCCGAGCGCGUUUCGCUGCAUCCUGCUGCGCUGGGUGCGAGUGCUGGGCUUCUGCAUUGUCUACGGCACCAUCGCGCUCAAGAUGUGCAGGCUGCUGGAGGUGUUUGUGGAGCGCGUGUCAGAGCGCCCGCGACCCGGGUGCCCGUGGGCCAGCGUGGCGCGCCGUCUCGCCGCGCUGCUGCUGCCGCCCGCGUGGUUCCUGGCCGCGUGGACGCUGGCCGCGUGGGAGAACCUGGCGCGCGAGCUGCCUCUUGUCGGCCGUGGACACACGGCCAACGGGGGCCCCUUCCUCACGUGCCUCCUGGAUGGCUGGGACCUCAUGCUGGGCCUCGCCGAGCUGCUGCUGACCGUGUGGAGCCUGCACCUGUGCCGCGCAGCGCGCCGCGUCCCCUCUGCGUUCCACGAGCCGAGCUUCCUGGCGCUGGCGCUGUGCAACGAGGCGCUCGUGUCGCUCGCCUUCCACGUGACGCGGUUCUGGCUGUCGGCCUCGCUGCACCCCGACUGGACGUUCAUCAUGUUCUUCGUCCACUCGCAGCUCACAGUCACCGUCACGCUGGCCCUGCUGCUGUUGCCCAAGCUGUGCAGGGUCGAGGGACCGCGGUGCAACGAAGCGGGCGACGGGGAGGUGUACGAGGACCAGCUGGACGGCCUGGGGCGCUCCACCUCGUCCUGCCUCAACGGCAGCGUUGCCUCGCUCGGCUGGUGGGACCACCUGGACGCCGAGGAGCUCACGAGUGAGCUCAAGCGCCUCUACACGCAGCUGGAGCUCUACCGCUGCGAGCGGAUGAGCCUGGGCAACCCGCACCUCCCGAGGCGGCGCCCCCCCUCGCGCCGGGGGCUUGCACGCUCCUUCAUGCGCCGCUUUGCCGACUGCGGCCCCGAGGGCCCCCGAGAGGGGCCCGGGGGGCCGGGUGGGGGGCGGCAGGCCGGGGGGGGGCCCGAGGUGGGAGCCGCGUGGAGCCGCGUGCGGGAGGCCACGUUCCGCCAGAAGGUGCUGUCCCUGGCGCGCUCCACGAGCGCCUACGACCAGCUGCUGGAGAACUCCGAGAACAGCGUGAGCUCACUGGGCGGGGAGCGGGGCCUCGAGGGGGGGCUCCCGGGCCCCGAGGCGCUGCCCCCAGGCCUCGAGGCGCUGCCCCUGGGCCCCAAGGCGCUGCCCCCCGGCCCCGAGGCAUUGCCUCAAAAACAGCAGCAGCAGCAACAACCGGGCAGCAGCAGCAGUGGGGAGGCCGAGCCACCGGACUCCCCCCCCGUGCUGUGCCGCUCAGCCAGCGCGCACGCGCUCCGUGGCUCCGCGGGACCCAUGGCCCCCGCCAGGCCCCCCUUGACGUCACGCACCCCCCCACUGCCUCUCCUCAAGUCGCUGAGCCUGGUGGGCCCCCGCCAGGCAGGGGCACUGGCCAGGGUGGCCACGGGGACGAUGGUACAGGCGCAAGAGGCGGCGGUGGUAGGGCGCCCGGGGCCCCCGGGAGGGGGGACGGAGACGGAGGUGGUGCCGGGCGCUGGGAGAUCUGUAGGGAAAUGGAAACCCGGUGGGGCAGACCGGUCGAUGGGGAUAGAGUUGCAGGAGAGGGAAUUGAAGGACGAGGUGGCGAUGAUGAGGGAGUGGGAGAUAGAGGUGAACGAAAAGUUGGAGAUCGAGGUGGAGCUGAAGAGAAAGAAGAUGCAAGGGGAGCUGACUAGGAAAGUGGAGCUGGAAGAGAGGGUGACCGAGAGGGAGAUGCAGUUGAAGAAAGAGAUUGAGCUGCAGCCGCGAAAUGAGAUGGAGGAGAAGAUCAGGAGGACAAUUGAGAUGAAGGAGAUGGAAUUGAGCAGGGAGAUGGAGUUGAAAGUGGUGGAGCUGAAGGACAGGGAGAGAGAUCUGAAGCUAAAGAAAAAUGUGGAAGAGGUGGAGCUGCAGAAGUUGGAACUGAAGGGGGAGGUGAAUGAUGUUGAAAUGAAAGAUGUGGAGCUGAAAGAGGAGAUGGAUGGUGGAGUGGGGAGACUGCAGUCUGGAGCAGCUGAGGCGAGAGGUAAAGAUGAAGUGGGAAGGGGUGGAGAGGAGGAGGCAAACGACUUUCGAGUCAUGGUGAGCUGUGACAAAGAGAUGGGGGAUGAGGUGAGGACAAUUGUGGAUGAGGAGACUGGCCCUGCAAGGGAGGAAGACACUGAGGAAAAUACGAAGCAGAAGAAGAGCCCCGAUGAGGUAAAGGUCAAGGGAAUCGGAGUGGACUCGAGCAGUGAAAAGAUAAGCAGGAGCCUGGAUGAUGUUAAAGACGCUGUGAGUGAUAUUAAAGAGAAGGCAAAUGUUGCCAAGAAUGUGGCGCGUGCUGAAGAGGUAAGGCCAGGCACUAUAGAGGAGCUGGCAAAAGACGAGGAGGAUGAGACUCGCGUUCAAAAAGAGCAGGUGGGGAAGAGUGAAGAUCAUGCUGCUGUUCAGGAGAAUCAGGUUGGAAUUAAUCAGGAUAUUACUCAGGAUCAGUCCGGUGUUAGGGAGGAUCAGGCAGCUUUUGGAGAUGAACGGGCUGGGAUUUCUGACCCCAUGCCAGAGGAGGCUAAAUACCAGGCUGAGGUCAUCCCAGCAGGACCCAGCAAAGAGUCUCCUGGGGUCAUUCCCGACGGUGUUGGGGCCGCUGCAACAGAAACGUGCAACACCCCGCAAGGUCGCUCACGAGGCCGGGAGCAGCCCACUGGGUCCGGCAGGCCCCUGCGGGACCCCCCAGAGGGCGAGGCGAAGCAGAAGAGGGCAGAGAGGCGAUCAAGGAACCCAGUGGAGUGGACGGACGGGAAGGCGGCCGGAAAGUCUGAGGCGAGGGCGGACGCCAAGGGAAAGACCGAGAGGGCACGGGGUCGGGAGGAGGGGCACACUCGUAAGAAGAGCCCGGGCUCACAAGCCGGGAUGGCGGCCAUGGGCCGCAGUCGGGCGCGGCACGACAUGGAGCGCGCCAAGCAGGAGCUGUGCCGCCUCCACGAGGAGCUCUCCUCACGGAGAGGGCAGCAUCAGAGCAGGCCACCGCUAGCGCAAGCCACGACCACCCACGGCGGCGAGGUGCUGGGCGGCGGCUUGCGAGUGGCAGGACAGCCAAGGGAGGGUGGUGGAAAGGGCAGCUUGGGGGUGAAAGAGGAGGCCACGGAGGGCAGUCUGGAGAUGAAAGGAGAGACGAUUGAUAACAACCUGGUGUCCACAGAGGAGGCGAUGGAGGGUAAUUCAGCUGCUGCAGGGGAUGUCAAAGAGGACGAUCCAGCAUUGAAAGAGGGAGCCAUUGUGGGCAGCCUCAUUGUCAAAGAUCAGCAGCCUCUGGCGCUCGGUGGCGAGGGGCAGGAAGUGGCCUCUCCACUACAGGAUUUGUCCAAGCACGAGGAUACUGGGCCCCAGGGGCCACAAGGGGAUCAGGGAAACAGGCUCCUGGAGGUCGCGGGGCCACGCAGACCUGGAGUUCACAGGCAGGGUGGGCCAGCUCGGCUCGUCAAGCAGCACAGCUUCUUCCAGACGGACAGCACUGAGAUCGGACCCCCUGCGACCGACGAGGGGGGGCCUGGGCACGUUGUCGCCACCGGGGAACCCCUUCAGGCCUUACCAAACCUCCCCUGCCUCAUUAUGGCGCAUAAAAAGCCGCUGUCCCGGCCGCCUGCCAUCCCCGUUCGCAGUUCUUCUCUACACGCGGAGAUCGUCAAACUUUCGGCACCACCCGUGGCCCCGCUUCUGCCACCAAUGGAUGAGGGCUCGACAGCCGAAGGUGGAGCAGAGCUGGGAGCGGGGGGCAGAAUGGGGUCUGCCAAGUGGCAAGAUGAGGGAGCGUGCACGGCAGUGGCCACGGGGAGCGCCGCUGUGAGAGGCCACGAGGAGGCCGAGGGUGCAACCGGAAGCGGAGGCGAUGAUAAGGCCAGUAGAAAGGCGGCCAAGGUGUGCCCUUGGGAGGCCACCAGCGUUCAGGGUGGUGGCACAGUCAGCUCCAAGGACAGCAACAAAAAGAGUGGAGAUUUGCCUGGGAGUGGCCUGCAGCCAGCGAGCCACGUAGCCUGAAGUUU